UCAGGGGGGCGUUUGUUACGCUGUAAUUUCGAAACAUGUUUCCAUUCCACCGCGAGAGGUGGGAAUAUGUUUCCAGUUUUUUUUUUCUGCCUGUUAGACUCAUCGUGGGUCGGGCUCUGCUCGUCUUCCUCCUCUGCGUCGGGCUCCGCUUGUCGUCUUCAUCCUCCGCUGUUGCUUCAACCCUCACCGUAGCUUUGCGGUGGCUGAGUGAAUCUUAGCGAACGAGUCCUCAAACCCACAAAGAAGUUCCGUUGUUUGGUCCAUUGUUGAUCUUAUCCCUCUUCUUCUUCUUCGCUUGCGCUUCGUUUGUCUCUGUCUUUGUUUCUAUUUCUCUCUCUAUUGCUCGCUCGGCUUGGAAGGAUGUUGGCAGUACUUGAGGAAUCGGUGGCGAAGAGCCUAGUCUAUGCCUGCCUGAAGAAUGGCAGGUCUUUGAUCGACUACUUUGCUUCCAACACAACCAAAAGCGUCGCCAUUAAUCUCGACAACUCUGGCUCUCUGCUCUACAACACCGAUCGGCAGAACCCUCUUCUCCCCAGGCCAAUGCUGCAUCAGGCAUGGCAGUCAAUGACAACUGCAAACUGAAAUUCUUAGAGUUGAAGGCAAAACGGACUUACCGCUUCAUAGUUUUCAAGAUUGAGGAGAAGCUCAAGCAGGUCAUUCUUGAGAAACUUGGGGAGCCAAACCAAAGCUAUGAGGAUUUCACUGCAAGCCUGCCAGAUGAGUGCCGAUAUGCUGUCUAUGUUAGCAAGAUGUUGUAUGCUAGUUCGAAGGAUAGGUUCAAGAGAGAACUUGAUGGAAUCCAGGUUGAACUGCAAGCAACUGACCCUACUGAAAUGGGCCUUAUGUUAUUAGAGGUGGUGCCAAUUAGACCUUGUUGCACUUGUAUGUAUGAGAUCAAGGCUUGACUUUGUAUAUCUACUAUAAACCCAUAGAAUUUUAUUUUUCUUGUGUUUUUUGUCUGUAUACAAGUGUCUGGUAUUGUUGCUAAAUACUAAGCUUUUAACUUGAUUUUUUUUGUUCUAGUUGGUGUUUAAAAGUUAUCAGCAUUUUCGCCCGUAACAUUGUAUUGAGACCAUUUCUGACAAAUUUGUAGCAGUCCUGAGUUAGCUGACUAAUGGCUAUGUAGUUUGCUUAUUAUCAAUAUUAAUUUGUUGUUGAAUUGAGAGAAUUUGUCAUAAUGAAAAGGUAGCUUCCCAUUUCCUGAGUUUA